AAGUGUGGAAGCGAGUCUAGGUCCGUAAAUACUGCGACUAUUUGUUACUGCAAGUACCUGCGCGACGGAUGUAGAGGCGUAGUUUUUCGUAAAUCCAUUGUUUCUGUCUCAGUCACCCAAAAGAAUAAGAAAGCAAUAUGUAUCGUGAAGAGCACUGGCGCGACCCUUCCCGUGCGGGCAUCACGGUCCCGAUCGGAGAUUUGGCGGGCUUGUCGAAGGGUGCGCGACCGGACCAGCGUAUCACGGAUGAAAUGACUCUGGAGGCGUGUCGAAAAAACCAAGGUUACGAAAACCCACUGUUAAACGACUCGCUGUGUCUCAACUACAAGGGCAUUGCACGGAUCGAAAGUCUAGGCGCUUAUCGCAAUUUGCACUGCCUCUACCUCGAUUGCAACGGCAUCACGAAAAUCGAACACCUGGACCAUAUGACGCAACUUAAGAGCCUCUACUUGCAGUCAAAUUGUAUUUGUCUUUUUGUUUUGCUGAAGAAGUAUUAUGUUGGAGCAGAUCGAUGUGUGAUUUGACCUCGUCAUUUCGUUCUAGGUCGUGCUGGUGCAAGAAAUAAAGGUGGCGAGAGAGUUUGGGACUCGCGGCAAUUGGCAACCAUUCGCAAAACAAAGAAUUCGACUUCCACUUGCUCUUUUUCUUCAACUAGAUAUUCCACUUCAGGCAUUACGAAGCUCCACUUCAGGUAUUACAUUUGAAUUCCACUUCAGGUAUUACAAAGCUCGAGAACAUUCCCGCAAGUCUUUUGGUGUUGAAUUUGCGGGAAAACCGUAUUGCGAAAAUCGAGAAUUUAGAGCAUUGUCUUGCUUUGUCGCAGAUCAAUCUUGCGAAGAACAGGCUGAUGAAUGUCGAGUCACUUAGUGGACUUCGAACACUAGCGGCGCAACCCGGAAGCGACUUGCAAUCGAUAGACAUCAGCGCAAAUUACAUCGACGAAGAGGAUCCCCUAGUAUCCUUUUUCGAUGGCGAAGGCGAGUUAUCGGAAAGUGCGGAGAAGGUGUUCGAAAAAUUGAACUGCGUUUUUCUCCAGAAUAACCCCAGUGUUCGGCGAAUCAAGAAUUAUCGGCGCCGACUAGUCGCGCAGCUGCCGAACCUGACGUACUUCUAGCAUCUACUUACCUGAUUCCUUCUAGGCUCGCUCAGCAUAGUUGCGCCUCUAUAUUAGUGGCGUAUCAAUAGCAGUCAUGACAACUACUUCAAUUGAUUUGCACUUGCUUGCACUCUAGAAAGUUUUUCUUUCCUUCGAUUCACCAAUAGGUUUUUGGACACGAAGCAGGUGACCGAGGUAGAGCGCGUGAGCGUACAGGGCUGGGUUAAUGGCGGCGCGGACGGUGAACAAAAUGCGAAGAGAGACUUCUAUUUGCGAGAACGAGAACAAAAGAGAAUCGACCUCGAAAAAUUCCGUAUUCCUACCUUUUGUCAUGCUUUUUGGAAGAAGCUUUUCGUAGAACUUGUAGACAAUCACAUCGGGUAGCAGAUCAUACCAUUCUUGUACAUCAACGAAGUUGCUCUACUCUUCGUGUUGGGUAAAAGUCACCUACCCAGCACUUAUUCGAUUCUGAUGCCUAGUACGAAAGCACUUCCUGAGAAGGUAGAGUCCAAGAGCUCGCGAAUAAGAAAUUGCAGAAGCAGCUUAAGCGACAAGCCGCUGAACAAGCCAGCAAAGAAGCAUAUCAGCAAGGAAGUGAGUUGCCUUCAGGGUAUGUCGAGCACGACCCUCAGCUUCCGAAGAUGAAACGAGCAAGCAACGAAAGUUGGGUUCUUGUAGACUCCGGUGCAGGUGCGCCUGAGGCGGCAGCUACCCAUGAUGGCGGAUCCCCAAGAACAAGAGGCGGAAAGAAAGAAGGUAAUACUGCAGGAGGUAAUUACACUGCAGGAGGAGCAGCGACCAACACUACUAGUCGGCCUGCGUUUUCUCCUCCCUCACGAAGUAACCACACGAAUGCCGGCGUUUCGAGCAGCUCUUCUGGUACUCCAAGUGAUAAGACAGCAGCAGUGGCACCCGAUGGAACGCACCAAGACGAUUUGACGUUGGAGAAUCUAGAUAAAUUGCCGUUUUCAAAGUUGGAUCCGCGCACGCUGCUUCCAGCGGCAGCUGCGGCAGCGGGUACAACCAGCCAUACGGGAGGUCCGUCGCAGGGCACAAAAAAAGCAUCGUCACGUGGUGAUGGAUCAGACACAGAGGAGAAUUCUGAAUACGCCACUGCAAUUUCAACUUCGGUGCAGCCCUCAAGCGAACCCGGGAUGAGUUCGGAGCAAGUAGCGCUUUCGGCUGACUCAACUGGCUUCGGUGUUGAUUCCCGUGCGCCCUCGGAAGAGAGUACUCAUGCGUUCAUAAUAAGUUUCUAUCAGCAAGAACAAAGAGGGAAUUGACAUGUUGAACCAUCGGAUAAAAAAUCACACUCAGGUUACUCAGUCUCAUUGGAUUUUUUGACUACUUGAUUUUAAUGUCGCUACAACACCAGGUGCGAGUGAGGCGGCUCCGGAAUGGUAUUGGACGAAGCUGCGUGACGAACGGCUUGAGCGGCUCGCGGCGAGAAACCAGUAUCGAUUCAAAGUAGUGGCUGCAAAGUUAGCACACGAAUUCAACUCCCAAGGGUUGACAGAGAGGAUGGCGCGUGACCGAUACGGGCAAAUGCUCCGUCGCAUGCCCACUGUUCAAGAGGGACGGGAGGAGGAUGAGGAACAAGAUGCGGAGACGAACGAAGGAGCAGGUGGUCAGACUUCAACUUCCUCCGCUUCGAGUAGUUCAUCUACUGACAAUUCAGGGACCCCUGAUGCUGGAACAGCAAGUGGAGGUCAAAUUAGUAGUGGCUCUUCAGCUGGUGCAGACGUCGCUGAGGAUCAGGACGAACGCGACCGCGCGCGAUGGUGGAUCCGACGCUUGAACGAGCACCGGAGUUCUUCAACUGCCUCACAAUCAAGUUCGGCACCCAUGCAGAACAUCAAUGAAAGGAACAGCGGCAUGGGAGUGUCUUUGCUCGGCGGCAGUCUGAUGUCGUCCCUGCCUGGCGCCGCGUCUGCAAGUAGACUUUGGGGAGGACAGCGUCAAUAUCAGCCUGAACAGGCGGACUCGGAAAUAGAAUCCACGGUGGCAGCAUCCGAAGCCGGUGAUUUGGAUGGCAUCGUUCUGUCGCCGCGUGCAUGCGCACAAAGGUUCGAGUCCUUCGCAGCGCGUAAGAAUUUCGAUAGCGCAACGCUUCGCAUACCGCCCAAGCCGUCAAUUAAUAGUGGCGCGGAGGGGAACGACGGACCGCUUUCAUCCAUGUCAGCCCAUGGCUACACAACGAAGACGUCAUUACCGAUUACCGAUGACGAAAACUCAUCGAAGAAGAGCGAGAACUUAUCGACGCUUUUACCAGAAGAAGAGGCAAACGGAACUCUUGGUAAGACCACUGGCGAGAUGAAGAUAAAAGAGAAUCGUGCUGAGUCGCCCUGUUUUUCCUCACCGGAACCUGUUAUGGUGAGCGAAAACGAUUCCGAAGACAGUGGCACGAAACUCUUCGAUCCCAGUCCAGAGACGCUCGUGAUGGAUGCGUAUCAAGCGGGCAACGAACUGGAAGAACUAGACUAGUUUUUGGCUUCACCACUCUUGUGCGAGGAUGAUCUUCACCAACAGGAUCUCCAGCUUCCCCUUCGGCACUUUUUCUUGGCAUAAUGGCAUAAAAGACCUUCACUUUUUCCUAGUUCGAUGACUGACUGGAUGCUUCUUGUUUGCAUGGCCGACAUGAGACCACGAUGGGAAAUACGAAUUGCAUGAGUGACUCACGGAGUUCAAUAAGCACGAAACCAGAGAAAGUGCGUGGCAAUCGCACACCUCGCUCACCCGUCACAGCUUGGUCCUAUAGUAUAAGUAGAUGAAAAAUGUUUGGAAAAAUAUGUGAACAUGCAUGACUAUGACCGAAAGUAAUGGAUCAACGGGUGAUGUGUGAUUUCUUUCACGAGCUUCCAGGGUGAUCCCCACAUUCUGUCUUACCUACUCGUAAGAGGUGAAGAUGGUUCAAAUCCUCUGUGAAUCGAAAUGUAAGGAAAGCUGAUCCUCCUGC